AUGGAGUCGGAGAAAGCAGUCUUUAGCCCUGCUGAUCGAAUAAAUGAAUUAAAUGAGGUUGAUAAGGAUGUAGCCCAGAUACUGCAGUCUGCCGGACUUGCGAUCCAGUCUCUCACCAACAACGCGUCACUAUCCCAAGGAGACUUAGAGACAAGUAGUUCGACUACAGACGCGUCUCUUGAUUCCCGUAAAAAAGCUUUCAAAACCGCGUGCUCUCAGUACUUUGCUCUUGUUUCGUCAGUUGACGUCAAACUACGCCGACAAGUCUAUGCUCUAGAGGAAGCCUCGAUAAUUCGUGCUGAACCUACUAUCUCCCUUAAAGCAGGGGAUAGCAUGGUCGCUGGGGCAGGUGCCACUACCCAGUUGUCACCUGGGACUGUCAAUCCUCUUGAAACGAGCUGGCUGAACAGCCGAAAGGAUACAGUCGGAAAAGACAAGGAGGCGGAACUGUGGGCGGAAGCUAGCCGUUUUAUGAAAAUUGUUACCGCUAAAAAAGGGAAUGAGAACCCUGAUUCAUCCGCGGCUCAGGCUGAUGCAGGCGGGAAACAGGCCAUGGAUGUGGACUGA